AUGCGGCCGCGUGUGAAGGAUCAACCAGCCGGGGUUGGUGGUAUCAGACGGUCACGCGCUGUUCAUGCUGAAGCUGUUCUGCCUGUUCGCGCGCACGCCCACGCCGGCGCCGACGUUGGCGCCGACGUUGGCACCGACGUUGGCGCCGAUGCCCGCACCAGCGCCAGCGCCGGCGCCAGCGCCGACGUUGGCACCGACGUUGGCACCGAUGCCGGCGCGAGCGCCGACUCCCGCACCAGCGCCAGCACCAGCACCAGCACCAGCGCCGACGCCGGCGCCGACGUUGGCACCGACGUUAGCUCCGAUGCCAGCGCGAGCUCCAGCGCCGACUCCCGCACCAGCGCCAGCGCCAGCACCAGCACCAGCGCCGACGCCAGCGCCGACGUUCGCACCGACGUUAGCACCGAUGCCGGCGCGAGCGCCAGCGCCGACUCCUGCGCCAGCGCCAGCGCCAGCACCAGCGCCGACGCCCGUACCAGCGCCAGCACCGACGUUAGCACCGAUGCCAACGCGAGCUCCAGCGCCGACGCCGGCGCCGACGCCAGCACCAACGCCAGCGCCGACCUUCGCACCAACGCCAGCACCGACCUUCGCACCGACGCCAGCACCAGCGCCAACGCCGACGCCAGCACCGACCUUCGCACCGACGCCAGCACCAGCGCCAACGCCGACGCCAGCACCAACCUUCGCACCGACGCCAGCACCGACGUUCGCACCAACGCCAGCGCGUGCUCCAACGCCGGCGCCAGCACCGACCUUCGCACCGACGCCAGCACCGACCUUCGCACCUACGCCAGCGCCGACGCCAGCACCGACGCCGGCGCGAGCGCCAACGCCGACGUUAGCUCCGAUGCCAGCGCCGACGCCAGCGCCAGCGCCAGCACCAGCGCCAGCGCGAGCACCGGCGCCGGCGCCGGCGCCGCCGUUCAGGCUGAAGCUGGCCUGGCGGGUGACGCCGACGUUGGCCUCGAUGGCCGCCGCGUGGUGGCCGAGCAGCAGAAGCAGCGCCAGCACCGCCAUGCCCAGCACCGUCGCCCGCACCUCGCCGGACCUCGCCGCCAUCGCCGCUGCUUCCUUCUUCGACGGAUUGGCUCGUUUAUUGAGCUUGGAUUAUUACUGCAAUCUUGA